AUAGAGCUUCUGCUGCACAGAGGGGCCAGUGUCAACCAUCAAGAUGGGAACGGGCGCACAGCGCUCAGCUACGCCUGCGAGAAGGGCUACCUGGACGCGGUUAAGAUCCUGGUCCAGAACGGCGCAGAUCCAGAGAUCCUGGACUCGUGGGGGAACACCCCGUUGAUGUACGCGGCUGUAGCGGAUCACACCUUAGUGGUCGGGUUCUUGGUGAGAGCCUUCAAGAGGUUAGGUCUGCGGAUAGACAGGCAGAACAGAGCUGGCAACUCUGCAGUUGAAGUGGCAAAGUUCCUUGGUCACACAGAGUGCAUUUCUGCACUUACCAAUUUCUCUAAGAGGAGCCGUGAGGCUGAUGAAGGCAAGUUUGAGGGGAAAGUUGAUAGUUUAGCCAGUAAACUGGAAGUCCUCAAAACGAGUGGCCUUGCUGAAAUGCCUGACAGUUCCACCUUGCGAUCAAUGGCUCAGAUAAAGCCCAGGCGUUUGCCACCGAUGGAGUUUGAUAGAGAAAAUAAUAAAUCUUCUCUGGGUCCACAGGACGUGAUCUUCUCUGGAGCACGCACUCCUGUGCCCCGACCAGGGAUUUACAAUCAAUCCAUUUCUAAACCAUGCACCUCCCAGGAAAAGAUGCCCUCCUCUACUCAUCACUUGCCCCCUCUCUUAAAGUCCCAGCCAAACAGAAACAUGCCGCAUCCCUGUGCGCCAUCCACUCUUGGCAUCUUACUGACUCCCAUUCUUCCCAACAAAUGUGAGGCUGAGAGGGGGAGGGAGAACUCUUUCCGCAUGGGAAGAUUUAACGAGUGCUACUAUAGGAAAAGAUCCAGUCUGCCAACCAGUAUUCUUAGCCCCACACCUCCAGAGCGCACUCUGGUGCCCGUGCGUAAAUCCAGGACGGUGAGGAGGCGCAAAGAGUCGAUGAGCUUCACCGAGCCACCUCAGUUUGCCACAACAGCUGCUGCCUCGACUCCAACGACUUUCUCAGCAUUGACUAAUAAACUCUUCCGAAGAUUUACCUCCCCGGAGUUUAAGAAAGUCGUUGAAGAUCUGGAACAGAAUCCGUUGCCGACUUUAGGCCGCAUCCCGCGAUCAGAAACCUUCCCUCAGGAGACGAGGCAUCCGCAGGUGGACAGCACGCCCAGCAUCGACAGCAUCAGUUCCGUUAAGUGCGAGUUUGACUUUCAGUUCAGACAGACAAACUCUUAAGAUUGCGCGCCAUGUGCAAAAGCGGGGGGAGUUGGGGGGCUGCUACGUAAUAAAGUUUUUUGGUAACUUACGCAUUCAUAUUUAAGUGGCGAAAAAGUUUAAAAAAUACUUUAGUGAAAAUUGGUAACUUCUUUAGGGUGCUCAAUAAAUGUGUAAAAGUGAUUAGUUAUUAAGCGUCCAUAGAGAUACAUUAGUUUCUAGGGUUUUUUUUUCUUCUUUGAAUUCUGGCAUAACAGUGGUUUCUUCGAGUCUCACGUGUUUUCAUGUGAAGAACUGUGAUGCAUUACAGCGGAAAUAUGAGCGGCUGGUUGCUUGAUGGAGAUGGGAAUACAUCUAUGAUUUACAUUUCUUCAUCAAAACGCGCCGACCUCUACUUUUUAACAGAACUCACAGAAAAAAGGUGCAAAGUUGUCAGGAUCCGAUCAGUGGAUUGAUUGUCUCAGAGCAAAUGUACGUAUGGAAAAUAGGUCGCUUCCGGUGUCCGAGAUGGAACUGUGGUAAAGAGCUACAAUAAAGAUCUGAUUUGUGUUCGCAGUUAGUACUGAUACAAUAUAGUGUAGGCCUACUGUAAUUUCAAGAAAACAGAAAG